AUGAUUAUACAAUUAGUGCAUGAGCUUCUCGCACAAAACCAAAGCACGUCUUCCUCACUUUCAAAGGCUUAUAUUGUGGCUAGGAUCCAGAUCGUCCCAAAUGAUAAUAAUUUUUCCUGUCCAAUAAUUCAACUGGUCGAUCCAACUACCCAUCAAAAUGUCAAAUGUCAAGUAGAUCAAAUUAAUCCUUAUUCAAACAAUCAAAUCGUGUGUUUACGCCAAUGGACCUGGACAAUAUUGACAGACGGUAGUGUGUUUGUGGGAUUCAUUUGGGAUCCAAGCUGCCUUGACGGAUUGGAUGUAAUCAUGCAAAAACACACAGCGCGAUGUCAAAAAUUGCUUAAUGAUAGCAUUAUCUAUCGACCGUUACAAUUAAGGAAAUCGAAUCAACUUGCAGUAUUGAAUAUUUCAGGGAAAGUUAGCGCAAUAUCGGGCGUCUACCAAAGAAAGGCUGGUAGUAUUCCAUGUUAUUUUGUUGAACUCGAGGAUGAAGACUAUACACUUUGUGUUUGGUUCCUUGGAAAAGAGUUUAUCAAAUAUUACUGGGAUUUUCGGAUUGGAAAUUAUUAUGUAUUUUCGGAUGUCCAGGUGGCCACCUUGGCGCUCAAUCAAACCAAGCGCGGAAUUUUACGCUACAUACCUAUCCAGUCGAAGUAUUUCUGUAUAACUCAAUAUCAAGGACAGAUCUUGGAAAAUGCUGCUGCUCGAAUCCCAUCGCUAACGGAACAUACUUCAGUUUUUCCGCCUGCCGUGUGGCUCAAAAGUGAUGCAGAUGACUCACAUACAUACGAAGGAGUAAUUACACGGGCAAUUGAUAGUGUAUUGGGAAUAUAUGAAAUAGAUCAUCAGUAUACACUUUGCUUAUUUCAUUCAGCACGUUUAUCUUUGCCUUGUCAUCCCAAAACAAGAAUUCGUCUACAUCAUAUACACUCAGUUCAAAUUCAAGCGGACAAUAGUCUUUUACUAAACAACCAUUGGAAAUCGCCAUUCUCUUCAGAUGCGCCAAAGACCUACUCGUUUCUGAUAGCUUGCCCACGAUCUCGUAUCGAAAUAUUGAGUAUCCCAAUAUAUACGACUGCCAGUGAAAUUCCCUUAGAUAUGAAGGCAUGCUCUAUGAAUAGCCUUGAUCAAUCAAGCUUUGAUGAAAAUAUGAAUUUUAUGCAACUUUUACAGACGCUCGAAUUCAAAUGGACAUUAUAUUAUUAUCAGCUUUUUAUGAGUAUUUCUAUGUCUCCGAAUGCACUACUCCAAGCAACACAAAAUUAUGCAUCAACUCUGCUCUCUCAAGAUCAUAAUGAAGCCGCGGACCAGAAAUUAUCUAGGUUUACUAGCUUUUUGGAAUUCAACCAAUUCUGUAACGCCGUCCCUUCAUCCAGAAACGCCAAAUUUUCCUUGCAGACUUACCCUUCAAUUGAAAAAUUAAAAAAGCUUGGAUCUCAAAAAUCUCAAAGCAAAUACAGUCCUCCCCUGAGUGAUCUGAAUAUUCAGCAUGCUUCAUUUGAAGAUUGUCCUAUCAUAGGUGUAGUGGAUGCGUUUUCAGACGGACAGCUCUGCUUAAAGGAUGGUACAGGAUAUAUUCCGCUGUUGGUAGUUUACCCUAAGGACCAUUCAAGGGACAUUAUCUUGAUUGAGACACUUUGUAUUAUCCGACGAUUUGAUUACAUCAACGAAGAAACCUCUUUCAAAAACUCCAGUGGGAACGCGUGCAAAACAGAAAAUAUUUACUUAACAUGCUAUAUAGAAGAUGUUGAUAUCCUUUUUACUGGGCAGUCUCACUUGUUAACAAACUUGCCUGAUGCGUCGGUGAUAAACUCGUUCCUUGACCACUUUAAAGCUGAAGAAAAAGAUGAUGUCUUGACUAUUUUACAUAUUCGAAAUAUCCAACCUACUCGUGCGGUUUUUUCUUCAAAGAAUACUGUUGUUUUGGAAAGCCAUAUUAUUGCUAUAUGUUAUGAUGUUAUUCAUCCAGACUCUACUUGCCAAACUGUCUCCCCGCACUUUGUUACACUUGUAUUAAGCUCAGAAAGAGACAGCCUUUAUCAAUUAGCUCAAUUCCAUAUAGGAAGAUGGAUGGCCAGCUCAUAUAAAAACCCUAGACAGUCUCUCUGGAGAGUCGGCUCAAAAAUGAAAAUUGUACCAAUCGCUACGAAUACAUCCAAGAUACAUAUUGUACCUGUGUUGAAUCCAAUCUUACACUUUAAAGUACCAAAGAUAUACGACGUUAAAGGAAUUCAGAAAAUAUCAGCGCAGUACAAUUCUGAGUACAGUGGCAAGCACAUUCAGAAAACAAUAAAUUUAAUAGGAUUGGUGGUAUACAAAGAGUAUGUUUCGAGCCGAGACAGUUUAAUGCCAGAGAACAGACAGCGAAUAUGGGAGCUUUACAAGACACAUCGUGUAGGAUGCCCUCAAAUGACCUCGCACAGCAUUCUGGUCCGCUUAAGAUCUGGAUUGAGUACCUUUGACAUAUAUAUAAACCUGGGAUUACAGAUCAUGCCGUUGGGUGUCAUUCCUGGAUCAGUUGUUUUAUUCACUAAUUUAGGCCUAAAACCUAAAAGGCAAGGAAGUGUAAUAUAUGGCUUUGGGACAACCUGCACAUAUUUCACAUUAAUUGAGACUUCUCAAGAUCUUAACAUAUCAGUUGACCAAGAUAUUCCGACGUAUAUGCUGGGUGAAUCAGUACCAGAGCAAAGGCGGUUGUUCAAGGCCGUGUGUCAUAUCAAACUGCUAAAGCUACACAUGCAAUGGAUAUGCAAGACUUGUGGACUAUGUGCUAUGGCAGACAAGUGCGGAGGUCUGUGUGAUGAUGCUAGAGCUGUAUUUAAGGUUAAAAUGACCCUUGAGGUUCGCGAUGGAACAGCUGCCUGUUUGUCAUAUACUGAAGAUGAAAGCUUGCUAUUCUUAUUAUGGGGAUGUAGUCAAUCCCAACGAAACAAUAUUAAGCAGCAGGUUUUCUCAUCUGGUGAACCAUUCUCAUACAAUUCACUGGAUAAAUACCAGGAGCAAAGUCAACUCGAAAAGCUCUGCUUAAAAAAUAACACGCCUGGAAGAUAUUGGGUUUAUGGAUAUUUUCUUACUAACGGUGAUAUGGAAGGUCUACCAGGUUUUUAUUUUUCUCGUAUGAUUAAAACUGUUCACCUUGAGCCAAUAACAAAUCUAUCCGACUCAAAAGUAAAAGCACCUUUUGAAUAUCCCACUUUCGUUUCAUCAUCUCUCUGUGAUCAAUACAAAGUAUUUCGCCUUAUCCCUUACGCAGUACAAAAUAAUAUCAAAGAAAUUUACCAACUUACUGAAAGAAUUAAUAAGCAUUAUAUAAAAGGAGGACAGUGA